AUGCAGCGUGCGGAACUCACAACAGGAGAGUAUGCCAUACAUUCGAAGCGAGCAGUGAAGCACCUAGAGGUGAUGAUCGACGAUCGGUUUAACUUUAACAGUCACGUGAACUAUGCCUAUGACAAAGCAGCGAAGGCCAUCAACGCAGUGACUAGAAUUAUGCCAAACAGCUACGGACCUAGCAGUAGUAAGCGUCGUCUUCUGGCUAAUGUUCCUUUAUCGAUCCUCAGAUACGGAGGUCCGGCAUGGAUUCCAGCGUUGAAAAACAAACGAAACGUAGCGAAGCUGUACAGCACAUUCCGGCUUAUGAUCAUGCGAGAACUAUAG